UGCAACCAGCUCAGAUUGUUGAGCCACAGAUUGUUAGCUGACUCUUUAAAUAUUGACAGUCAGGCUGGGCUUGUCGAAACUCAAUUUAUACACCAUAGGAGAAGAGGCAUAGGGUGGUGGUUACCAUAGAGUUCGACAGGAGCCUUUUGACUCAAAGAAGAACACCUACAGGGAAGUUAAGUAAUUUAGAGAGAAGCAAUUGGCUACAGUGACAGCUACAUCUGAAGCACUUCUCCAAAAUCUUCCACAGUGACUGAUUGAUUUGGCAAUUUUGGCAAACAGACUGGAAAGCUCCUGAUUCUUGACUGUUGAUGUUGGUCCUCAUCUGCUGUUGUUUCUUAACUGUAUCUACAGUUGAAAGACAGCUCAAGACAUAGCACAGAACAUCUGGGAAAAAUUUGCAGAGCUCUUGGCGAGAGGUGGAUGUCAUGUUUGACUAUGUGGAGGCUCUCGGAGUAGGGGCAAGACCCCUGUUUGACGUUGCUCAAAGUUCCUGCAUGCUCAGGAAAGCCAGAUCCUUCUUCCCUGACCUAGAACCCUUCUCAUGGACCAACAGCACUAGCCUGCAGUUGGUAGAGACCCAGAGCACAAGCUCAGAGGAGAUGGUGCCCAGUUCUCCCUCUCCACCUCUUCCUCCACGCAUUUAUAAACCCUGCUUUGUGUGCCAGGACAAAUCUUCUGGCUAUCACUAUGGAGUCAGCUCCUGUGAGGGCUGCAAGGGGUUUUUCCGUCGCAGUAUCCAGAAGAACAUGGUGUACACCUGUCACAGAGAUAAGAACUGCCAGAUCAACAAGGUGACGCGAAACCGCUGUCAGUAUUGCCGGCUGCAGAAGUGCCUUGAGGUUGGCAUGUCUAAAGAAGCAGUGCGGAAUGACAGAAAUAAGAAAAAGAAAGAUGUAAAAGAGGAGGUUGUUCUUCCAGAGAGCUACGAGCUGAGUGGAGAACUGGAGGAACUGGUGAAUAAAGUCAGCAAAGCACACAGGGAAACAUUCCCAUCACUCUGUCAGCUCGGAAAAUACACAACUAAUUCCAGUGCAGAUCACAGGGUUCAGCUGGAUCUUGGAUUGUGGGAUAAGUUCAGUGAGCUCUCUACCAAGUGCAUUAUAAAGAUUGUGGAGUUUGCAAAGCGCCUGCCUGGUUUUACCUCACUCACCAUUGCAGACCAGAUCACCUUACUGAAAUCUGCCUGCCUCGAUAUACUAAUGUUGCGGAUUUGUACACGCUACACUCCAGAGCAGGACACUAUGACCUUCUCAGACGGCCUGACCCUCAACAGAACACAGAUGCACAACGCUGGGUUUGGUCCACUGACAGACCUGGUCUUUGCUUUUGCUGGGCAGCUUCUGCCUCUGGAGAUGGAUGAUACAGAGACGGGGCUCCUUAGCGCCAUCUGCCUCAUCUGCGGAGACCGUAUGGACCUGGAGGAACCUCAUAAAGUGGAUCAGCUGCAGGAGCCUCUGCUAGAGGCCUUAAAGAUAUACGCUCGCCGAAGACGCCCCAACAAACCUCACAUGUUCCCACGAAUGUUGAUGAAGGUCACUGACCUCAGAGGAAUGAGCACUAAAGGAGCGGAGCGAGCCAUCAACCUGAAGAUGGAAAUCCCAGGCCCAUUGCCGCCUCUGAUCAGAGAGAUGCUGGAGAACCCAGAGGUCUUUGAGGAGAGCUCUGACUUUGGUGACAAAGGUGCUGCUGCCCCCCUCCCACCCCCUGCCAACCGGGCCAUCAAACAUGAGCAGGAUGAGGAGUCUGCCCUGGAGGAUGAGGAAGAGGAGGAGGACGAAUGUGCAGAGGAAGUACUGGAGAGAGCAGGGGACAGUGAGGAUGAGGAAUGGGGUCUCCUGCAGGUGGACAUGGGUGGUGCUAGAAAAGGUGCCACAGGAAGAGCACAAUGACUCAUGUAUGUUUGAUACAUAUGGACAACAGGCUAUAUAUUCACAUUGAUGCUGCAUUUGCUCUCAAAUCAACUGAUACAAACAGAUAUUUCACAGGACAUAAACAUUUGACCACACAAACAACACUAAAUUAGGACCAAAAAUUAUUACAUUAAAAAUAAAUUGCACAAAUACAAAACAGAUAUUUUUUGGACUUUCAGUGGGGUCCAAAAGUCAUCUGAGACAGUCAAUCCAUGCAUCUUAUCACGUGGCUUGUUGAGCGCGUUACCGCAGAGACAUAGCACGUGUGGAGGCUCACUCUAUUCUCCACGGCAUCCACGCACAACUCACCAUGCACCCCACUGAGAGUGAACCACAUUAUAGCGACCAAGAGGAGGUUACUCCAUGUGACUCUACCCUCCCUAGCAACCGGGCCAAUUUGGUUGCUUUGGAGACCUGGCUGGAGUCACUCAGCACACCAUGGAUUCGAACUCACGACUCCAGGGGUGGUAGUCAUAAUCUUUACUUGCUGAGCUACCCAGGCCCCCUUUUCUAAAGAAAUCUUAAUGUAAGAGUAAGGCGGACCAAAUUGACUGGUAGACAGGGAAGCGCUAUUGUCCAGCAAAUUAUUCAUAACAAUAGACGGACGGACGGAUGGACGGACUGAUAGAUAGGGUUGGGAGGGUUACUUUUGAAAUGUAUUCUGCUACAGAUUACAGAAUACAUUCUGUAAAAUGUCAUUUGUGUAUUAAUGUAUUCCGUUAGAUUACUCAAGGUCAGUAAAGUAAUCUAAAUAUUGGAUUACUCCUUCAGCAAUGGUAAAUUUUUUUCACUUCAGCAAGUACAGUAGACAAAGUCUCUGAAAAACCUAAAUAUCUUAUGCAGUGUUGUUUCUAAAACAAGAUAAAUCAAGUUGAUCUUGUUUUAAGGAUUUUUUUUAAUAUUUUUACAGGAAAACCAUAAAAACAUUAUUAUCGAGAAUAAAAUGUUUGCCCUAAUAUCAAAGGUCUUGCUAGAAAAAAAGAAAUUAUGAUCCAAUGUGAAUUUUCUUGAUAAAAAAAUAUGAUUGUGUCUGGUAACAUGUAUGUAAAAUUGCUAGAAAUAGCAUUUUAGCUUAGCAUAAAGCUAAAAAUUUAUACAAGGUUUAUUUAUAUUUCUUCUGCUCCAAACUUACUUCAAACUUACUUAUCUGUCUGCUUGUAUGAAUGUAACAGAUCAUAAGAAAGAGUUUCACCGCUGUUCAAAUCCACAUUGGAUUGCAUAAUUUGUAUGUAUAAAAGUUACCCUUCUGUCACUCACUUGACGUUGUGUCGAUUGUAGUGACACAAGGGGUCUUUCUUGAGAGCCUCAUGU